AUGAUGUUCAAGUUACAAGGUUCAGUUGCCUUCGCAAUCAUAUUCUUCGUCUCCGCCUCUUUGACUCAUGGCGGCAACUCCCCCUUAUCAGAGACAAGGGUCGACUCUCCCCUCCUGACUGAAAAGCUCCACAGCAACCAGACCAUCAUGGUCGAUAUCAAUGGCGAUGGCCAAUUCAAAUCCGUCCAGGCUGCCAUCGAUUCUGUCCCCUCAGGGAACAAUAAGUGGGUUAUCAUCCAUGUUAGGAAAGGGUGUUAUAGAGAAAAAGUGCACAUACCCAAAGACAAAUCCCAUAUUUUCUUGAGAGGCAAUGGGAAAGGAAAGACGCACAUUGUAUGGUCCCAAAGCUCUGAGGACAACAUGGAGUCUGCAACUUUCAAAGUAGAAUCUCCAUUUUUCAUUGCCUUUGGGAUCAGUUUCAAGAAUGAGGCACCAACUGGAGUGGCAUACACGUCGCAAAAUCAGUCGGUGGCAGCAUUUGUGGCUGCAGAUAGGGCUGCGUUUUACCACUGUGCUUUCUACAGCACCCAUAACACCCUCUUCGAUUACAAAGGCAGGCAUUACUUUGAUAAUUGCUACAUUUCAGGCUCAAUCGACUUCAUCUUCGGACGUGCUGCAUCUAUAUACCAUAGCUGUGAGAUCUUUGUGAUUUCAGACAAGAGGGUUACCAUCCAUGGGUCUGUAACAGCUAAUCACCGAGAGAGCGGGGAGGAGCACAGUGGGUUUGUAUUUAUCAAAGGCAAGGUGUACGGCGUAGGCGAUCAUGUCUACCUGGGUAGAGCCAAGGGUCCGUUCUCAAGAGUUGUUUAUGCAGAAACCUACCUCUCCAAGACCAUUGUGCCGGAGGGCUGGACCAAUUGGAGUUAUACUGGAGAUACAGAGAACCUGUACCAUGCGGAGUACAAGUGCAAGGGGCCAGGAGCCGAGUUUUCCCAACGCGCUCCAUGGGCGAAGCAACUCACGGAGCACGAGGUUGCACCAUUCUUGAUGAUCGACUUCAUCAGCGGACAGGAAUGGCUGCCGGCAUGGUUUAACGAACUUUAA